AAAAGAGUCCGUGUAACACCCGUUAAUGUACUGUUUUUCUAUAGCUCUGCGGGGGGCAAAGUCGUACAAGAAGUAAUACCAUGUAUGUUGACAGUUACGGUUGGAUAAUUUGCGUUCAAUAAUUGUAUUAUUCACUUAAUGGUUUUGCCAUGAUGAAAGGACGGUCAGUUUAUAAUAAGGUUGAUUCAUAGCAACAGAAAAUUUAUACAGCUCGAAAGUUUAACGCAAAAUGUUUGCAAUGCAUACGGAAGAUAACAGAGAAAAGAAAGAUUUGUAUGUUGAUUUAAAAGUUGAUAAUUAUCAUACAUAUAAUGAAGGAUUAUACAAAAACAAAUUAAGAAGUAAAUACCUUGAUGACUGCAGACAUAAUGGGGUUAGAGCACUUGAUAACCACAGUGAAGGGAAAGCACCGUAUAGCUGUGUCGUCUGCGACCAAGGAUUCUUUCAACGUAAUAAAUUACGAUUCCACCUGAAAAAGGAACACUCCUCGAAUGUGAUAUGCAAUCGAUGCAGCAAAAGCUUUUGCACACUUCAUUCAUUCCGAAUACAUUUAAAGUCGCAUUUAGAAAGUCGACCUCAUACUUGUGAAGUUUGUGAUAAAGCAUUUAUUCAGAAAUGUCACCUACAAGCUCAUAUGUACUCACAUAUUCAAACUAAGUUGUUUCCGUGUUCGUUUUGCCAUUCACAGUUUGCAAAUAUGUAUUUUCUAAAACUUCAUGAAAGAACACACAAGCCAUAUAAAUGCUUAAUUUGCGGAAAUUGCUAUAUAGACCAUCGAAAUUUUUUCAAACACAUGAUACAACAUUUAGACAAUAAACCGUAUGUUUGCCGUGUCUGUGGGAAGUCAUUUGGCAUGAGACAGCAUUUACGACUGCACAUGCAGUUUCACAAAAGUAAUAAAACAACUUGCAAUAUAUGUUUGAAAACGUUUGACAGUUUUAUUAACUAUGACAGACAUUUAUCAGCACAUAAAGUUGAAACCUUUUCAUGUAAAAAGUGCAGUGCAAAGUUCAAUCGACAAGAAUAUCUUGAGGCACAUAUGCCUAUUCAUUCCCAUAAAAAAUGGUAUAAUUGUAUAGAGUGUAAGAAGACAUUCGAACGACACCAUGAUUUUAAGAAACAUUGUAGAAAACAUGCACUUCAAGCUGCGUUCGAGUGUGAUAUUUGUCUCAAAACUUUUCAAACAAGAUUAAGUUUGAGGAAGCACAGACGUUGUCAUAACAGAGACUAUCCUUACGUGUGUACACACUGUGCGAAAGGAUUUAUGGAUUAUAAAAGUUUUACUUCUCAUCUUAAAUCUCAUUGGAUUUAAGGAUGAUCGCUACUUUGUUUAAAACAAAACAAGCUUUAAAAAAAAACAAUUGUUAUAAAUUAAAUAUAUAUAAAUAAUAGAACUAGAAAAGCAGAUAAAAUUAAAGGUGCGUGUCCUUGUUUUUGAGAUAUAAGACAUUGAAAAUUUGGCGGGAAAUAAAUUUCUGUAGAUUUGUCAUCAACUUGACAUUGGUAUCAUCAAAGCUAUGAAAAAAUGACCAGGAUUCUAUAAGACUUUGAAAAAUAGCUUUUUAAACUAUAUAGGUAUACAAAUUAUAAAAAAGAAAAGUAGAGGUUAGCGGGCAAUAUUUUUAAUGGCACUACAUGGAUAAAACCUGAGGAUUCUGAAUAUCUUUACAAAAAGUCAAAAACAAGAGCAGCGAACAUCUUUAAUGCAGGACAUUUUUUUUACAAUCAUCUAUCAAAUUGUUUUCGAAUUAUUUUAAAUUUUAGACAAAGCAAUAAAAUAAUACUUAUCUGGAUUCUAUUGAAUAACAGACCAAGUUUUUUGAAAAAUGAAAGAAUGUAUGUGUACGGUAUUUUUUUCCCAAUUUGACAGUAAACAUUUAUCUCAUUCAAUUAUUGGACGUACAGCAAUGCUAAUAAAAUACCAGAAACGAAAUAUUUUUGAAGAUAAGAAUUAAAGGGCUACACUUUAUGUCCUUAUCAAUAUUCUUGCAAUUGUCCGAACGAUAAAAAAAAUGCUGAAAACUUUUUUUUUAUUUUUAGAAGAAUUGACUUCAAAUUUGGUACAUAUGAAGAUUAUAAAAUUUAAUAUAAGAAUAUGAGAAAAACAAAAAGAAAACAAAAACUUUUAAGCGUUAGAAAACUUACAUGAACAACGUCAUUUUUAUUGAUUAAAAUUACUUCAAAUUUGGUAUCAAGUAAGAUUAUACAUUGAAUAAGAAUAUGAGAAAGAAAAAAAGAAAAAGUUAUUGUACAGGUACAAAAACCGGAUCGGACCGACAUUGGCUCUACCUUGAUCGUUUGAAAAGUGGAAAUAACGUUUUAAUUUCUUAAAUAAAUAUUUGAGUUUGGAACACAUCAACAUCAAUUUAUUAUUGUAAUGAAUAAAAGAAAAAAAUCGUAAAAAAUAUUUCAAGGAUAGAAAAAACUGAACUGAUCAAUGUCGAACUAGUCCUGAUCAAUGUCCUGACUGGCGAUACAAAAUGUUGUAUUAUUUACUUUGAGGGUUCUUCUUCUUUUUCUCUGGAGUUUUGGAGGCGGCUUUCCUGGUGUGGAACGUGCGCCCUACUUAUAUUUUAUUGUAAAAAAACCAUAGUUGUAUGUGUUAUAUUGCAGGUGUUCUGAAGUUGUUGUGAGUAUUUUAGUCCUUAGUCCUACAUUAAGGUGAGUUGUUAUUUGUAAAAUGCAACACUUCAAGAUUGGUUAAAAGAAAACAGGCCCGCAUUUAAAAGUUAAUUUAAGUUUACUGCUGAUUGUGUGUAUGUGUGUUUUUUUUAAACUUUAACAUAGUUAUCAAUUGGUAGUUAGAAACCUUUUAAUUCUAAGCUUUAAAUGACAAAUACACAAAUAAAAUUGUAUUUCAUCUCAGGCACGUUUUAAAGAAAAACCAAGCUUUUGGAACAUGCAUCGACAGGAUAUGUCCAACGGACAAAAACAUAAGCGCACUUAAUAAAUCCUUAAAUCGAGUUUUUCCUUUAUUAAUGUUUCUACCCGGAUUAUAAGUGCAAGAUCCCAUUAGAAAUAACGUAGCAUUGCUAAGUAAUGACUUUCGAACUGUAUUCGUUUUUUUACAGUAAUGCCCAUUUUAACAUACGGACAUACAAGGCCUUCAUUGUUGACGACUGUUGGUUUCUGAAUACAAUCUUCAUCUCCGAUUUACAUUCUGUUUAAGAGACCUUUCAGGGUCCUUCGAUUUCGUCGUAAUGAUACACACCUUCAUACAUUUGAAAGUUACAUUUCAUUGGCUGAUUUAAUAAUUGCCAGAACAGAAAGUGUUGUCAGAUCCUUGUAAGCGAAGCGCGGACACAGGAUCUGCAUUUUAAUCAGAUUUAUUGUACCAUGUCAGGAAUAUGUCAUUAUUUUUCAUAUUCUUCCAUGAACUAUUUGUGGAAAGUUGCCCUGCUUUGUUUGUAUUGUAAAUGGUUUAGGAUCUUCGAUAUUCAGUUCCCGUUUGCAUGAUUAUAUAGGUCCUUAACUAUAAGAGUAAUUUUGGAUACUUAGUUUUCAAAUGUAUGGGUUUGUGGAAUCCUGCUGAAGGUAAAAAAAAAUUAUCAAUAACUUACUUUGUCAUGCUUGGCAAUUUUCCUUUUUUGUCUAUACUAAGCACGAUGAUACAUGAGGUAUAGCUCAAUGGUUGCCGUUGAUUGCUGUCUGCUCUAAUUAUGUUUCGUUGUUGAAUGUUAUUAGCUUAAAUCAUGUCUUUUGUAUUUUCUUUUGAUUUGUUUUGCAUUUUGUUGCACGGGGACAUUUUAAACCUUACUUUACGGUAUUGAAUUUGAGGUGAGGACCUUAAGUGGUUUUCGGAAAUUUGAGUCCUCAAUGCCCUCAACUUCGUACGAUGAUACAGGAGGUACAGUUCAAUGGUUGUUGUUGAUUGCUGUCUGCCCUUAUUAUUUUUCGUUUAAAUCUAUUAGCUUAAAUCAUGUCUUAUAUUUUUCUUUUCAUUUGUUUGGCAUUUUGUUGUACCGGGACAUUUCAAACCUUACUUUUCAGUAUUGGAUUUGCAAUGGUGACCUGAAGUGGUUUUCGGAAUUUUGCGUCCUCAAUGCUGUUCAACUUAGUAACUUUUUGUUUUGCUUUUAAACUUUUUUGAUUCGAGCGUCACUGAUGAGUCUUUUGAAAUACCGUCUAGAGUACACAAUUUUAAUCUUGGUAUCUAUUAUGAGUUUUUUUAUCAUUGUUCUUUCACCGUUCUUUGUCGGAUAGUUGUCUCAUUGUCAGUCAUACCAUAUCUGCUUAUUUUUUCUAUAAUUCUGCAUUUGUGACCUCAUUUGAUGAAUGAAUUGUUACAAUGCAAUAAAACAUACGAACACACCCGUUCAUCUGAUUAGCUCAUCCUCAAAAUAUAAAAAGUGCAGAAUAUUCAUUUUGGAAUGGUUAUAUUUAUUCAAUAAAUAAAAUAAAUUGAAUCAUAAAAAUCCUUUACAGGGCUUGAAUCCUGUAAUUUAAUAUCAACAUUACUGACCGUGAAUGUUAAAAAAGGGCGGAAGAGGGUCAGGUAUUGACGGGAUAUAAACGUUUGUAAACAUUUUUCACAAGGAAUCAUUUCCUGCCAACAAUAAUGAUAUAUAACGUAUGUGAGAAUGAGAGAAUUAAAUGACACUUCUUGCUUUUUCUGCUGUGAGGCAGACGUGUCAUAUAACUAUGAUACUUGUAGAUAGAGAUAAAACUGCUUUAAUACAAAACGAUCUUAAUGGGUUUAAAUGUUAACGUUAAACAAAAAUGUCCAUAAAUUGACACAUUGAUUUUUAUCUUCUUGAUGAUUAACUGUUGACACAAAGAAAUGGCUCGCCUGUAUGUUAUUUUAUCUGAAGCACGUUUCUAAAGAAAAGUUAAGCUUUCGGAUCAUGCAUCGAUAGGAGAUGUUCAACGGAAGAAAACACAUGAUCGCUUAAUAUAUCCUUUAAUUGAGUUUUUGUUUAAUUUUUUUUUGUAAUGUGUUUAUUGGCAAAAGCUACAUAUAUAAAUCGUCAUAGUACGUAAGUCCAUAGUACAUGAACAAAAUUGAGACAAGUACAUAUAGUUGAUAUUUUGAAUCAUUUGACAAACUUAAAAAUAAUAAUAAUGGUAAAAAAAGAGAAAACUAACCUGGGUAGCAUGGAUUGGGUAGAUAUAUUUAUUACGUAAAAGUUUACUUGUAUAGUCAUUCUAUUAGUUGGAGCCAGGGGUUCCAGCAGGAGUACGCUCUUUGUAAUGGUUUAUUUUUAUAAAAUAUUAUUUUUUCAAUAAACAAGUUUUCUUUAAGAUAAUUUUUUAAGGCUACAAUAUUUACUUGUCCACAUUGCAUUUUUGUUUUGUAUAUAUAAUAUUUAGUUAAUAAUAUUAUGAGGUUUCUUAUGUAGUUUUU